AUGAAGCGGCUUACAAUCGCGGUUUUCUGGCUGGCAUGUAUAAACUUGGCUUCCACGACUUGCUGCACUUCUGCGGCGAUUCUGCACUUCAAGAUCCGUGGAGGAGUCUGCGGCGUUGUGGGUGCGAAAAGCAAUGGCACUGGCUGCAAGAUUACCAUAUGCGCCAAUGGGGAGGCCCUGGUGGGUAGCUAUUGUGGUAGGGCGGCGUGCGAUGUAUUUGGAUGCCAAUGCAUUAGGGGCUGCCUUCAAGGAUCUUUUGCCAGCGACUUUUUGAAGAGAAAUUACAUGCACGGCAUCGAAUUGCUGGGCACCGAAAUGAGCGAACUCUGUUUUCUCUGCCAGUUCAUACCUAGAAAGUUGGAAGUUGCAAUAAAUUAA